AUGGUUGUCGGCUUGAAUGAUCAUACAGUACAAGCUGAUAUUGUAUUCGUAAUAGAAGGAACGGCUAUUAAUGGAGCAUACCUUAACGAUCUUAAAACUAAUUAUCUUUUGCCAACCUUGGAGUAUUUUAGUCAAGGAAAUCUAGAAGAUAGGGAUUAUGUUUGCGAGGGAACGAGUACUCUUUACGGUUUAGUGGUUUAUCAUGCAGCAGACAUCUUACCAAAGUCAAGUUGCGACUGCUAUGGACCUUAUUCUAGUCCUCAAAAACUUUUAAUGACUUUAGACAAAUUAGAACUUAUCGGAGGAAAAGGAGAAAGUCAUGCUAAUAUUGCAGAAGGACUAGCCACUGCUCUCCAAGCAUUUGAAGAUCUUCAACAAAAAAGAGAGGGUAACAAUAUAAUAACCCAAAAACAUUGUAUAUUAGUCUGCAAUUCUCCUCCAUACUUUAUGCCAGUUAUGGAAGCAUCCACUUACUCUGGUCAUACCAUUGAUCAACUUGCUGCUAUAUUAAAUGAACAAAACAUAAAUUUAUCAAUUUUAUCUCCGAGAAAAAUUCCUGCUAUUUUUAAAUUAUUUGAAAAAGCCGGAGGUGAUUUAACUCAAUCGCAAAAUAAAAAUUAUGCCAAGGACCCCAGGCAUCUGGUAUUGUUAAAAGGCUUUAGUUUAAAAGAAAGACCACUGAGUCCAACAUCUGGUAAUACAAAUAAUUUACCAAUACCUUCGUUACCUAGCCCCCUACCAAAUGAUGGAAGUCCUAUGCCUAACAUGAAUCAAUUAAUGCCAGGGCAACAGCAUCCUGCUCCGCCAGGCUACAGACCAACUCAAGCUGCCCAGGUAUUGAGUCAGCAACAAAUGCAAGUUCAAGCCCAACAAGUCCAACAAGGGCAAAUUCCCGGAAGGCCAACUUUCCAACCUGCUGGACCUCCUGGAUAUGCUGGUAUUAGAACUCAAGGAGCUAGAUGGCCUGUAAAUUUUCCUGGUCCUUUGGCUCAACAAAGAACUUUUUUAAACGCUCAAGCUGGGCCUGGUGGUCCUGGUCAAGGAUCAGCUCUUAUUGCUCAGCUUACUCAACCUCCUUCUUCACAGUUCCCUUCCCAACGAAUGGAUGGACCCGUAUUAAGUCACCAAAUGAUUCCUCAACAACAGCAACAACAAAUCAGAAUGUCCGGAAUGACCAUAAAUUCUCAGACCGGACAAAUCGGGCACGGGCCGAUUGGAAGUGUGUCAUUAGGAUCUCAAGGAGUAAUGGGUCAAGGAAUAGGUCCUCAAAACACAAUCGUUCAACAACCUCCUAUGACACAGGCAGAACUAGUUCUUAUAGUUCUUAUAAUGUACGCUUGCAAAUUUCAGACUGCCAUGGGUGCACCCGGUGGAAUGAUGCCGCCAGGUUUAAUUAAUCAAAACAUGCAGAACCAAGGACAAGGUAUGCCCGGUCCCGGAGCACAACAAUUGCAAGGUGCGGUUUCCAGUAGUAUACAAACAAAUCAAACAGGCCCACCUCCUACCUUUCAAUCUCAACCGGGACAAGUUAUGGGACCCGCCGGUAAUCAAGGCAUACAAACUGCUACGGCUAUAGGAAUGCCAUCGACUCAAACAACAGUCAUGACCGGACCGGUACCCACUUCACAAAAUACAACAGGUCAACAAACGCAACCUCCAACAUCUCAACAGCAAACUGGAGUUUCACAAGUUGGUCCGGGCACGGGAGUACCCGUGAGAGAGCGACACACCAUUUGGCAAGGAGUUUUAGAAUGGAUAGAAAAAGGGAAAAAUCCUAACGACAAUCAAAAAGUCACCAAACACGUACCCUGCCAAGUGUCUUCUACCCCCAAAGAGGGAGAACCAGAUUUAAAAGCAGAUUCAUGGCCGCAAAAAUUAAUAAUGCAAUUAAUGCCGAAGCAAUUGAUUGGAAACAUUGGCGGAGCUUAUUUGAAAAAUUCAACUUCCGUUUUAUUUCAUCCUCAACCUUGCGAAGCAUUAGACUCAUUAACUAAAGUCAUGAGUUCAGGAUUUGCUGGUUGCGUUCAUUUUACAAGCGCUCCCACGGCACCUGCAUGCGAUAUAAAAGUACUUAUUCUCUUAUACACCGUCGAAAAACGUGCUUAUUUAGGUUUUAUUCCAAACGAUCAGGUUGCUUUCGUUGACAGGCUAAGAAAAGUUAUUCAACAUCAAAAAAGUACCCAAGCUCUAAUGAGGCAAAAUCAGGUUGGAGCAGCAGGAAAUUCUCCGAAUUCGGCCGUCCAAACUCCACCAAUUUCUGCUCCAGGAACGGCAGCUAAUCAACCUGGAAUCAUGAUGUCUCAAACGAAUACAAUGGCCAUGGGUGGCGGACAAAUUACUCAAGCUGCCGACGGUCAUUUAGGUGGAGUUCAAGGUUUGGGACCGAAUCCGGGACAGGGUCGCGGAGGUCCCAUCAUGGGCGGUCCGACUCAACGUCCUCCUUUCAAUCAAUUGGAAGCGGCUAGACAGCAAAACUUGGCGAAAAUUCAACAACUUCAACAAACUUUGGAAGCUGCUCAACAGCAAGAAAUGCAAUACAAAUCUCAACUCGAGAUAAUUAAUCAUAUGAAAAUUCAACAAAUACAGCAAAAUUUAGAACAAGCACAACAGCAAGAAGUCCAUUAUCAAGCUCAACAGGCUCAAAUGGAGGUAAAUUUUUGA